AUGUGUAACUACACCUACCACCACUACCCUAGCUGCGGGCACAUCUCCAACUGGAGUCUGACGAGUUGCCAAGAAUACACCAAUAAGCUUCGCCUGGCUGGUCCAGAGCGCAGCGUAUCUUGCACCGAGAACAAAACCUCCCAUGAUCUACUCCUCUCCACCCAGCCCAGUAUGUGUGUGCAGUGCGAGAACGAGUGGGCUGAGAACCUCUCCUCUCACGGAGACAACCAGACCCAAAUAUCAAACUAUUACCGGACAAUCGAGGGCCUAGAUGUUACUGGCGAUAUCAUUAAAGUUAAUGUAGUGAGUGAUUCCACUUCCGACGACAGGGACACAAGCAGUGCUGACCACAGCGACAAUGGUCAGAUCUUCUUGGGUGCUGUCGUUGAUUCGGGCAAUGGUAACGCAGACAGUGCUGGCCACAGCGACAAUGGUCAGAUCCGUUCGCGUGCUGUUGCAGUCGAAUCGGAGUCUUCUCACGGAUGCCUGGCGCAUUCUGAAAAGUCGUCUACGACGGUCUUUAACUUUGCUCGUACUAAUCCUAGUUCGCCUAAGACAACUGGAGAUCUUGACUCUUUUGUGUCUACAAUCGUCAAGACCAGUCCGGGUCAUCUCACCCACAGCGGCAAUGAGAGCGACUAUGCAGAGGGCGGUAUUGAGACCGAAUCGCUAGAUGCUGAGGAGGCUAGAUGUGUAUCUCCCAGCGAUAACAGCAGCUGCGAAACAGACAGUUCUGGCUCGUCGCUUUGUGGAUCUUCUUUGAUAAGGUAUAACGUACUUAAACUGAGAGUUGACGAAUAUCUUGAGAAGCGGCAGCGACAGCGGGAGGCCGAUGCUGGCCAGAAACAGUAUGAAGCUGACGUAGAUAAUCUCCGGGUUGCUCUGAAGAAUAUACUCCCUCCGGAUCCAGUUGAUAGCCCUGAAAUUGACAAUGCCUCGUAUGACCAGCCCUCUAUUGAUAUUGACCUUGUGCAGCAGCGUAUUGAAGCGACCGUUCUGAAGCGCAUUGAAGAAAACAAUGAAAAAGAAGCCCGACAGGAAGCUAUGUCUAAGCUACUAGACACUGCACUUCUAAAGAAGGACCAAGACGAGCGGCGCGAGCGGAAUGCCGAGCUGGGAAUCGAAGAGGACCCCCAUCUCUGGGAUAUAGAGCCCCUCUCCCAGAUGUGGGAAGCAAAGUCCAUCACUCCAACCCCCGCUAAUGACAGCACACCCAUCUCCCCACUCCAUUGCACAUCCCCCAAGAGUCAACAGGCCUCAUCGACUCUAGACUCCCAGCCACAGAAGCACAUGUACAUGGGAAGCAUGUUCGUAGACGAAGAAUCUGCCUAUCGACGCGGGCUGCGCGAGGUCCGACCGUACGGUAAUUACUCAGGUGAGUGGGAAGGGUUCAUGAUGGCAUUGUCUGAAGACGACGCGAACCGCCAGGGUCUAUUGGAUCCUCUCCAUGUGCGGGGUUGUUGCGCCGAGCGACCAGUUGAUUUCCACCUCUACUAUGGGGUGAUGCACGCACCAUCAGAGGAAGAGGCCGAGAGACGCUGGUUGGAGGAUAUCCGGCGGAUUCCUGGGGAGAACGGGAAAUUCUGCGGGUUGCUGCGGGCGGACGACUUGCAUCACGCGCGCGCGAUGGGUCUUACGGAUAUCAGGCAUCCAUGGGGGUGUUGCAAGGAUGCACUUUUUACCAUGCCGGAGCGGGUGUAUCAUAAGUACACUGGGUUCAUGUGUGCGAUCUCCCUGGAGGAGGUUGAACACAUGGGACUCUGUGAUGCGGAGCCAGUUCCAGGGGAAUGUGGUGACUACUAUGGUGGGACUUAUUACGGUUAUGUUGAGGCUUACUCUGAGUUGGAGGCUUUUCAGAUGGGCUUGAUGGAGCCUGGACAUGGUGGAGAUUGUUGUGCCAAGGCUGAGGACGUGUCGAUCUCGGAGGGGCAGUACACGUAUUACGGUUAUAUGUAUGCGAGUUCCGAGGAAGAGGUUGUGAACAGGGGCCUGAAAGAUGUUCUACUCGUCCCUGGGUUUGAUAUUAAGUAUUCUGGGAAUUUACGAGCGGACUCUGAGGAGGAGGCUAAGGCCAUGGGUCUUUUUGAGCCUUCACGUAUCGAGUGA